CAAACAAAGCGAUGUUUUAUAUGUAACGAUUCCGACCAUCAGGCAAAGGACUGUGAGAAAACAAAGUGCUGGAAAUGCGGAAGCUUUGGCCACAAAGGAAAGAGUUGUAGAAAUACACAAGUAUGUAAUUUAUGUAAUGAAACUGGGCAUAUAUAUUUUCAAUGCCCAAAUUCUUACAGCUAUAAACUAAGAAUGCCGAAAAAUCAAAAAGACAUUGACCAGAAUGCAACACAAAACGCACAUAACACAGAAACCAAAACAAACGAUAAAGAGGAUAAAAACUGGGAAGAAAAUAAACUACACACAAGCGAGGACGACUCGACAUCCGGGAGUGACUCAAGCAGCACCGAUACCAGCGACAGCGAAGACAGCGAGGACUCUGAGAGCAGCGCCGAAUCUCUGAUCCCGGAAGGGAGACGGAAGACACCGGAAGUACCUGCUGGAAGCAGCGGAGCAUCUCCGCCCAGUCUUUCGUCUGUGGAGAGACGGCAAGCAUCGGAGUUUCCUGCGCUAUCAGCUGUAGAAGUCGGCGAGACUCGGAUCGGCUCAACCCCUGAAGGAGGUCUACAAGCCCCAGAGGAGCCUACGUGCUCAGAGGGAGAGACCGGAGCGACCCAGAUCAUUUCUACACCUGCAGGAAGCGUACAGGGCCGAGAGGAGUCAUCGCAUCCAGCUGGUGAAAGUGGAACAACUCAGACAAUCGCCGACAACACAGGUGACACUGCGGACACUCCCACGCUGUCGAAAGAGCUCGACGCUAUGGCAAGAACCAAGCAGACCGCCCGUAAGUCCACCGGUGGCAAGGCGCCAAGGAAGCAGCUCGCCACUAAGGCUGCCCGCAAGAGCGCGCCGGCUACCGGCGGCGUGAAGAAGCCUCACCGUUACAGGCCUGGCACCGUGGCUCUGAGGGAGAUCCGUCGUUAUCAGAAGUCUACUGAGCUGCUCAUCCGCAAGCUGCCCUUCCAGCGCCUGGUGCGAGAAAUCGCUCAGGACUUCAAGACCGACUUGCGUUUCCAGAGCUCGGCCGUCAUGGCCCUGCAGGAGGCGAGCGAGGCAUACCUGGUCGGUCUGUUUGAGGACACCAAUUUGUGCGCUAUCCACGCCAAGAGAGUGACCAUCAUGCCCAAGGAUAUUCAACUGGCCCGCCGUAUUCGCGGAGAACGCGCUUAAACCACAACU